GUAGUUUCCAUCACGAGAUAGAAACUGAAAGAAAGCCCCAAUAUGAGUCAUUCUCUAGAUUUUUCUAUCGAAACUGUAUAAUAAGAUUCUCCUUCAGCCAAUAGCAGUACGCUUACUUAAAAUGGGCGGAGUCUAUCAGUAACGGGUAUGAACGACCCGAACCGUUCUCCAUCACAGCUACUGCGGAGACUCCUACCAUAGCAUUACAGAUAUCCUGCAGUACUGAAGACGAAACAGACGGCCGCACUGGUACAGAAAUCAAGGAUUCACCAUGGCUGACAUUGGACAGGCCACUCCGGGAGGGGGUCCGAUGACACCAGGGGAGAGAGCGGAGGCGCUGUCCUUCUUCACCGACGGGAAGAGCGCGUGCCCCAAACCGGUGAUACGGAAACACCCCAUUCUACCCAAGCCAGGUGAGAAGAACGUCCUGAUCACGAGCGCCCUGCCGUACGUCAACAACGUGCCUCACCUGGGGAACAUCAUCGGCUGCGUGCUGAGCGCCGACGUCUUCUCAAGGUACUGCCGUCUGCGCGGAUGGAACGCGCUGUACAUCUGCGGCACUGACGAGUACGGCACGGCCACGGAGACCCGCGCGCUGGAGGAGGGACUCACCCCGCAGCAGAUCUGCGACAAGUACCACGCUCUUCACGCAGACAUCUACCGCUGGUUCAACAUCGACUUCGACUUCUUCGGCAGGACGACGACUCCCCAGCAAACAGAGAUUGCCCAGGACAUCUUCUGGCGUCUGCAUCAGCGUGACCACCUGCUGACCGACACCGUGGACCAGCUGCUGUGUGAGAAGUGUGACAGGUUUCUGGCAGACCGUUUUGUGGAGGGAACCUGUCCCCUCUGUAACUACGAGGACGCCCGCGGCGAUCAGUGUGACAAGUGCGGCAAACUCAUUGUCGCCACUGAGCUCAAGAAACCGAGAUGCAAGGUUUGCAGCGCCUCUCCUGUGGUGAAGACAUCAACCCAUCUGUUCCUCAACCUGCCGCAGAUCGAGCCUAAGCUGAGCGGCUGGCUGGAGGAGAUUCUUCCCAGCGACUCCUGGUCGUCCAACGCCCGAGUCAUCACCCGAACUUGGCUGCGCGACGGCCUGAAACCCCGCUGUAUCACGCGAGAUCUCCAGUGGGGCACCCCGGUACCCUUGAAGGGCUUCACUGAGAAGGUGUUCUAUGUCUGGUUCGACGCUCCGAUUGGCUACCUGUCCAUCACGGCAAACUACACCGACCAAUGGGAGAAGUGGUGGAAAAAUCCCGAUGAGGUAACCCUGUACAACUUCAUGGCCAAGGAUAACGUACCCUUCCACAGUGUGGUGUUCCCCUGCUCACUGCUGGGUGCCGAGGACAACUACACACUGGUCAACCAUCUCCAGGCUACUGAGUUUCUCAACUACGAGGACGGUAAGUUCUCUAAGAGCCGCGGGAUCGGCGUGUUUGGUGACGACGCCAAGGACACGUCCAUCCCAGCAGACAUCUGGCGCUUCUACCUGCUCUAUGUCCGCCCUGAGAACCAGGACACCACCUUCAGCUGGGAGGAUCUGAUGGUGAAGCACAACUCUGAACUCCUCAACAACCUGGGCAACUUCAUCUACAGGGCCCUGACCUUUGUGGUGAACAACUUCCACAGCACCAUCCCCACCAUGGACCUCGAUGAGUCUGACACGGAGAUGCUGGCUCAGGUGAACAGGGAACUCCAGAUGUACAACUUCAACAUGGAGAGGGUCAGACUGCGUGAAGGUCUGACGACCAUACUGAACAUCUCCCGGCUGGGGAACCAGUACAUCCAGGCAAGCAAACCAUGGGUGCUGCUCAAGGGCACAGAACAGGAAAGAGCCCGGGCGGGUACAGUGGUGGGUCUGUGUGCCAACAUAGCGUGUGUACUGUCAGUCCUGCUCCACCCGUACAUGCCUGACAUCAGCACACAGAUACAGGCACAGCUGGCUGCACCUGUAGACGUGAACGUUGUGGGGGACAGACUGGUGUGUCAUCUGGCGCCUGGGCACAAGAUUGGACAGCCCAAGCCUCUGUUUGAGAAGCUGGAAGCAGCAGUGGUCCAAGACUUGAAGAACAAGUUUGCUGGUCGACAGAAGGAAUGAGCUAACACAACCGCACAGGCAAUACUGCACCACAAGAAAGAUAUCACAUCUACAUAGGAGACACGUUCGACUCCCUAUACGAAUGUCUUGAACCAGAUGCUUUCAUAAAUGCAAACAGCUGUCAUUUCCAACAGAUGUUCACAAAUUAAGUAAGCAAAAGACUCAGCUAUAAGAUUUGAUGAUAGGCCAGGCAACGUAAGCUAGGCUAUCAAACUAAACCAUUUGCAGCAGGUAAACAAUCAUAUAAACAAAUUAAUGUAACAUUAUCCAAUUACAUGCCACAUUGUAUGGUAUAUGUCAUGUGAUUGACUCACAGUAAAAUUUCACUGUAAUCCUUGCAAAACAUUAUCAGUAAAGAUAGAGACAAUUGCAUUUUGUGCUUAUGAAGAAUUGCAUGAAUACUGUUCCUCAGACGAAAGGUGUUUUCAUUGCUAUGUAAAAUUUUUAGUCAUCCUCCACCAGUCACUAUUGAUGUAUUACUGAUGUCUACAAAUAAUCAAAAUAUAUGGUAAUGGAUAUGUGCUUUGCCACUGAAGCUACUUAAAAUUAAACCAAGAUUAAGAAACUGUGA